AUGAACCUGACAGAGUUUAACCAGUCUGAUCGCUGUGUGCAUUUCUCCUGUCCAAAGAGAUCUGUAUCUCCUGCAGUUUAUAUCUUACUGUACGUGUGUUCAGCUGCUGUGGUUCUGCUAACAGUGUGUGGAAAUCUGCUCAUCAUGAUCUCUGUUUUCCACUUUAAGCAGCUUCACACACCAGCAAAUACCCUUGUGCUCUCUUUGGCUGUGUCGGAUUUUCUGGUUGGCAUUUUUGCAAUGCCCCUAAUGUUAAUCUGGACUAUUGAGUCAUGCUGGAUUUUUGGGAGAGUUUUCUGCACUAUAUACUGGCUGAUUAGUGGUCUUCUCAUAAUAUCAACCUAUAAUAUUGCUCAAAUUGCUGUGGAUCGGUAUUUGGCUCUCUCAAACCCCUUUCUCUACAUGGCCAUUGUGUCUGUAAGAUUCACUCGUGUUGUAAUUGUUUUUAAUUGGUGUGUAGUGAUGGGCUAUACCAUAGCAAUCCUGUAUUUCAACGGAAACUUUAAAAGUUCUGUAAUGUGUCCAGGAGAGUGUUUUCUCUUUAUAAAUGAGGUUUGGUCUGUAAUUGAUCUUCUAUUUUCCUUUAUAUUUCCACUUUCUGUUAUAAUCAUAUUGUAUACACAGGUUUUUGUGAUUGCUAAAAAACAUGCUACUGCUAUCAGAGAUCUUAAUAAUCACACACGGCCUAAAACACAGAAAAUCACCUCACACUCAAUGAAAUCUGAGAGAAAAGCAGCUAAAGUCCUCAGCAUUUUAGUGUCUGUGUUUCUGGCCUGUUUAUUUCCAUAUUUUAUAUACACUUUAUUAGGAAACAUUAUUGAAAUACAAACAGCAGCCUUUUAUUAUGUCUCAAUCUUGUUUUAUCUUAAUUCCACCAUUAAUCCAUUUAUUUAUGCUCUAUUUUACCCAUGGUUUAGGAAGUGCAUGAAAUUAAUUAUAAUUUUGCAAAUAUUCCAAACAGAUUCUGAACUAAUAAAUGUUCUUUCAUGA